AUGGCGUCAUUGACCAGUUUGCAAAAUGCGCUGGCGGCAGACCUUCAAUCUCGCCCUUCCUCCUCAACGCAGGCGGUUUCGGGUGAAAUGAGCCGCCCGAAUAAUUUGCAAAGAAUUGCUCAGAAGAAAUCACAAGUUAGAAACUUCUCACGUACAAAGAAACUUGAGAAAUUGGCAGUUUAUUCAUCAUGCAAAAGUGACAACUGCAAAUGCAACGGAUGGAAGAACCCUAAUCCUCCACCGACCCAAUCAAGGAUGGACGUAUCACAGCCUUUGGCGAGUCUCACAGAUCCCUGCAGAAGCUGUGGACAUACCCUGGGUGGACACGUCUCUCAUUUAGAUGCAACAGAAGAAGAUGAACUGAACAGGUUGCUUGGCAUUGUCGUGGAUGUUGAGAACCUUUUCAUGUGUGUGCACAAAGAGGAAGAUGCUGAUACGAAACAAGUUUAUUUCUAUCUUUUUAAGCUCCUCAGAAAAUGCAUUUUAAACAUGAGCAAGCCCUCAGUGGAGGGUCCUCUAGGAAACCCACCAUUUGAGAAACCCAGCAUCGCAAAGGGAGUCACCAAUUUUGUCUUGUAUAAGUUCGGCCAUUUGAACCAGAAGGAAUGGCAAACAAUGUAUGACCUUGCUAAGAUGUUCCUUCACUGCCUUAACCAUUGGAAGCUGGAGACACCGACAGCGCGAAAGCAGCAUUCACAGACAGAUGAUGUGUCCGUGUAUAAAGUCAAUUAUACGAGAUGGUUGUGCUACUGCCAUGUUCCAGCAUUCUGUGACAGUCUGCCUCGAUAUGAAACCACGCUCAUCUUCGGUCGAACCUUGUUGAGGUCUGUCUUCCAAACGAUGCGACGUCAACUUCUGGAUAAAUUCCGCGCAGAGAAGGACAAAAUGCCGCCAGAGAAACGAACACUUGUCUUGACGCAUUUUCCACGAUUCCUGUCGAUGUUGGAAGAAGAAGUCUACGGAACAAGUUCACCGAUCUGGGAUCCAGAGUUUACUCACAAUCCAACCAGUGUACCAAUCUCACCUCCUUCAACACCUGAUUUCCUUUUAUCCACUCUAGAUAGUCUCUCUAGUGCUGCCCCUGGUGUUAGCGGCUUAAAUCGAUUCAACACGACUGUGUCACAGGCAGCUGCGGCUGCUGCAGCUUCGAAUGACUCGUUCACCUCUAUCAAUAUCAGCCCAGGCCUCAUCAAGAGGGUGCCAAAAGUUGAACCAGGUGAGAAAAGAAAGUUGGACUCCACGUCAUCAGUGACAGAGGACUCAAAGAGAGUGAAGAUUGAAGGAGACAUAUCAAUGGAGGUUGUCAAGGAGAUUGUUUCAACAAUCACCGACCCUGAACUAAUGUUGGGGCCAGAGCCCAGUAUCUUUCAUGUCCAUGCUGCAAGAGAUGAGGCUGCUCGCCUUGAGGAGAAGAAGGGCAAGAUUGAGUUCCAUGUCAUCAACAACUCGCUAGUCAACCGCCCUAACAAGCAGACGAUGAUGUGGCUAAUAGGACUACAGAACGUCUUCUCACAUCAGCUGCCGCGGAUGCCUAAAGAAUACAUUACAAGGCUGGUUUUUGAUCCAAAACACAAGUGUCUCGCCCUCAUCAAAGAUGGCAAAGUGAUAGGUGGCAUUUGCUUCAGAAUGUUCAUGUUGCAAGGUUUCACAGAGAUUGUUUUCUGUGCCGUCACCUCAAAUGAACAAGUCAAGGGCUAUGGAACACACUUGAUGAACCAUUUGAAAGACUAUCACCUCUCUCAAAGUAUUCUACACUUCUUGACAUAUGCCGACGAAUACGCCAUUGGUUACUUCAAGAAACAGGGGUUUUCCAAAGAGAUCAAGCUACAGAAGUCUGCCUACUUGGGUUAUAUCAAAGAUUAUGAAGGUGCUACUCUGAUGGGCUGCGAGCUCAACCCAAGGAUCCCUUACACAGAAUUCUCACAAGUCAUUUGCAAACAAAGAGAGAUUAUCAAAAAGCUGAUAGAGCGAAAGCGGGAUGAAAUCCGCCAAAUCCGACCUGGCUUGACCUGUUUUCGUGAGGGUGUUCGUCAGAUUCCUAUAGAAAGCAUUCCAGGAGUUCUGGAAGCAGGACUAAAACCCGAGCAAUUGAAGGAGGACUCGCCAGUCGACCCUGACACCCUGUACAGCAUACUCAAACAGAUCCUACAGCAGAUUAAGAGUAAUACCAGUGCGUGGCCAUUCCAGAAGCCAGUGGACAAGUCGGAGGCUCCUGAUUAUUAUGAACACAUCAAAUAUCCAAUGGAUUUGAAGACAGUCACUGACCGACUUAAAAAUCGCUACUACGUCCACAAAAAGCUAUUCAUCGCUGACAUGCUGAGGAUUUUCAACAACUGCCGGUCGUACAACGACCCGGACACGGAGUAUUACAAGUCGGCUAAUUCGCUGCAGAAAUUCUUCGAGAGUAAGAUGAAGGAACUUGGACUAUGGGACAGGUGAAGUUUGGAAGGAUGAUUGACUUUCUACCCUGAUCGGGACUAGUGCAAUUUGUGUGGGACACAGCAUGUGUUUUUGAGAAGUAAAGAGAAGUGCUAUAACGAAAUAAUGUAUAUUUGUGGAUGUUGUUGGCUAUACAUAUAAUCAUUUGUAAGUACUUUCCUUGAUGCUGUGUUGAUGCCUGUUGGGGCACAUAGGCCUAUAGGUCUUUUUUAAUGGUGCCCUUCAUCCAGUGUUGACACAGUAUAUUGUAUAUAAAGAA